AUGGCAGAGGAACUCAUUUUCGUUGCUCGCCUGGGCGGCAUUGGAGAGGAACGGUCCGAGCGACGUCCCUCUCGCAGCCGCGUCGUCCUGGUGUUUCCCUGCACGUCGUCGCACCUCAUCUGCCUGGAGUGCUUUGGCAUUUACUGUCGGAGCCGCCUGGACGAGCGCGGAUUUGUGCAGCACCCGCAGCUGGGCUCCACGCUGUCCUGCCCGGUGGGCUUUGAGGACUCCUUGAUCCAAGAGACCCACCACUUCUGCCUCUUGGGACCAGAGCAAUACCAACGCUACCAGCGGUUUGCGGCCGAGGAGUUUGUGCUGCAGGCGGGAGGCGUGCUGUGCCCCCAGCCCGGCUGCGGGCAGGGCAUCUUGGUGGACCCUUGCUGCACGCGGGUCAGCUGCGAGGCUGCCACCCAAGGCUGCGGGGUGAACGGGACUGCCUAUUCCUCCCAACCGCUGGUUUUCUUACCUGCAGGAAGCGUGUCGGCGUACCCGGUGGACGAGGCCCAGGCGAGAGACAGCCGGUGGGACGAGGCCAGCCGGCUGACGGUCCGCUCCACCACCAAGCCCUGCCCCAUGUGUCGCACGCCCACCGAAAGGGACGGUGGCUGCAUGCACAUGAUCUGCAGCCGCUCCCAAUGUGGCUUCCAGUGGCUUCCAGUGGCUUCCAGUGUCUGGCUCUGCCAGACGGAGUGGUCACGCAACUGCAUGGGGGCGCACUGGUUCGGCUGA